AUGGAACCAGAUAUUAUUCGAAUGUACUCCUCAUCCCCUCCGCCACUAGACAAUGGAGCUGCUGAUGAUGAUGAAGAUGAAUUUGGAGAAUUUGGAGGAUUUUCUGGUGUAAGCACUGCUGAUGUAGCUUUUGCUGAUUUUGAUACACCGGACUACAGUCAUCCAAAGGAGGAGUUUAUACCCACAAAUCAUUUCAUCCCACUUCAUGAUUAUUCUGACAAUGUAGCUAGCAUUGCAACUUUCACAUCUGUUAAAAAUGGUAAAGACUGCAUUGCAGAGCUUCCUACUCUUAGUAAGGAACUUUCUGAUAUGUCAGCUACUAGUACCAGCAAAGAAAAAUUUAAGUUUAGAACUUCAGGUACUGCUUUAGAAGAUGUAAACAAAAGUGGGGAACAAAGAGACAACAGUGGGAAAUUGGAGGGGUUUUCUUCUUGUGUCAUGAGAACUGAUAUAGCAGGUGAGAGCCAGGUUGAGCAAAUAGAUGCUUGUAAUGGUGAGAAACUUCCAUGUCUAGAGAUUCUAACAAACGGAUUUGCAGCAUUGGACCCUGUAAAUCCUCAGGGAACAGAAGAUCUAGACAGUAUUGGUGACUCAAAGGGACUGAAAACUGUUAGUGCCCAUAGUACUGAGCAAAAUUUGAACUCAACGCCUAGCUCAGGUGAAGACUUUGCAGAUUUUGCUACAUUCUCAAACAAAAACCCAAUCCAUUUAGAGGGAACAGGACCUACAAUAUGCAGUGUUCUUAAUGAAAGAGACUCUCUGAGCAUUCAGGAGAACAACAGAAUAAACAGAGUAACUUGUAUUGAAGAAGAGGUUUGCAUUUCAGAAAUUAGUUGUGAACAGGGUCCCUCAGCACGGGAAGAUAAUGAAUUUGCAAUUUCUAGUACGUCUCGAACAACUGGAAGUUCAAUAUGCACUACUGAAAAUGGAGAACACAGUGGGAGGAGAAGAGAACAUGGCACAGAGAAUGGCAAAGAUUUUACUCGGCCUGAUGACUCUUCAGGAACAGAGGACAUCAAGAUUGAUAAGAUCCAAAGCCUAAGUAGUGAUCUUGCAGGAGAAAAACUGGGUGAUUCUGAAGAUCUUAAGAUUGGUGGAAGUAGUACUGAAGUUGUAGCUUGCAGUGACACACAUGAUGAUUUUGGUGAUUUUGGUUCAGUCAGCAGUGCAUCUCCCACCUUUGUUAAUGCUCAAGAAUCAAUAAAUGCUCUAGACUUAAAAGGAGCUUCCAAACGGCCUGCCCAUAUUAGUGAACCUAAUGAUGACUUUGGUGAAUUCAGGGACACAAGUACUGUUUCUCAGCAGCCAGCAAGGUUGGAUCAAGCUGAACUAAAUCAGACUGCUGACAGUUUAGAAUGCGAUACUACCAGUAAAACUUCUGGCUUAGACUUCCAGCAUACUACUGAGGUAGAAAAUAGUGAUGAUGGUGAAUUUGGAGACUUUGAUUCAGUGCCAAAACCUCAAGAUGAGAGUGUUGCUUUUCAGGACUCCGACGACUUUGCAGACUUCAGUUCAGCAGCUUGUAACCAGGCUACAGACUGGAAUGCUUUUGAAGAUGAACAAAAAGACAGCUGUUCUUGGGCUGCCUUUGGAGAUGAGCAAGCUGGUGAAUCUCAUCACAGAAAAGAGACAUGGCAGUCACAUAGGACAGAUACAUCUGCCAGGAUUGAUGGUCCAGUAUUACACAAGACUGACAGUUUUGCUUUAGCAUCUUUCCAAGGAACUACCAGUAAGCAAUCUCAAGAGCCAGCACCUUCAGUUCAGACAACAUUGCUAAGUCGCCUGGAACGAAUAUUUGAAGUCUGUUUUCCUUCCGUACCUGUUCUUGAAAUUGAAGAAGAAAUAAGUUCCUUGAAUUAUUUGUUGAAAGCAGGUGAAAAGCAGAUGACAGCUGAGGAAACCUUAGCAAAUAGUGGGGAACUGAUGGAUGUGUGGACAGAGCUGCAGGAUAUCCAUGAUGCGUAUGGACUGAGAUACCAGUGGGGUGGCUCCCACAGCAACAAAAAGCUUUUGCGCUCCUUGGGAAUCGACACAAGAAAUAUUCUCUUUACAGGCAACAAGAAACAGCCUGUUAUAGUACCCAUGUAUGCAGCAGGACUG